GGUCAACAAUUCCCAGCAAUUAGCCGUCUGAAUGCAUACGCAUGCAUUGACUUCAUAUAUUACGUACUGACAGCCCAUUUUUUACCUCACUAGCCCCCACCUUCUCAAAUAUUGGUCUUUUCUUUGAUUUUUCUUUUGGAACAAAAUUACUAGUACUAAAAAAAAAUCUAAUCUUUUAGUACUUCUCUAUAAUUCCACAAGUACCUCAGCCGCCUUUAUUUCAGGUUUGUUUCUCUUAGUACUUCAACUGCAGACUAAUUAAUCAGUUUUCUUGAUCAGUGUUUAUUUAAUUUGGCUGUUCGGUAAAGUGGGUGGACAAAGUUAAUUACUUACCAUGUUUAGGUUUUUGAGGGUUUCUUGAUCUGAUUUGUCUAUUUGGGUUGUUUGGUGAAGAGGGUAUGUCAAAGUUUUAAUGCCCAUAUUGUAAAGAUUCAAGCUUUCUGUGAAUUGGGUAUUUGGGUUUUUGAGGUUUUAUUGAUCUGGUGAAUUGGGUAUGUGAUUGAGUCUUCUUCUGUGCUAUCUGUGUAGAAGAAGAAUUAUCUCUUGGAGUUAGCUGUCUUAUUUCAGUUUUGAUUUGGUAAUACAAGAGAAAUAGAGAUUCCAAUCUGAAACUUGGGGAAGUCUUGUUUUUUGAGGUCUAAGGCUUUCAAUUUCUAUUUGGCACAGCUGGAUUGUUGUUGGAAUUUUGAUGGGUGUAGAUUUUAUUGAAUCUGGAUUUCCUGUUGAUUAGCUGAAAAAGUCUGAAAGCAUCUGGACUCUUAAGUUAUUUUGGUUUUUGAGGUAGUUUCCACUGUAGUCCAAUUGGAACUUAGAAAAAAAAGUUGACUUUCGCCACGUUGAUUGCGGAGAUUGAUCCUGCCUGAUCAAUGCUUAUCUGAAUUCCUAAACUUGUUUCUCAGCUACUUUGCCAAAAGGGACUGGACUUCAUGACUUGACCCGGAAAAGAGGCUUUUGUAUUGUUGCUUGUGGUUGCUAAAGAAUUUGCGAUGGAUCCGUUAUAUUUUGGUUUUAUGAAAUGGGGUGAUUAUGUCAUUUUUUACUGAAAAUGGCUGUAGUUGUGCUGUGUAUACUAUUGCUGGUGCAGUUCCCACUAAUUUCUGCUUCUCCGCUGUUGGGACAUGAAGAAGUUUGUGGAGUUUACCGUGUUGACUAUUCAGAUGAUCUAAAUCGCCAAGUAUUUUAUGUGAACGGCAUGUUAGUGGAUAAAAUUUUAUUCUGCGACACCCUCAAAUUUGAUCGUGCAGAACAUUGCUUUAUCCAAAAUUUUGGGUUUCAAUAUUGUGGAUUGGACUUAUCAAUUGAUGAGUUGCAUUUCAAGUCGGGAAGAAAAUUUCUACAAAAGGUGGUCAGACAAGGAUCCAGCGAACACAGUUUUGAUGAUACAGCAGCACGGAAGCCUAAGGAAAAAAGUGCUGAUAAUUUUUCAGUAACCCCCCAAAAGUUGGUCAUGGCGGUACCGGUAUUUUUUAUUCUUUGCUGCGGCUUAAUUUGCCCUUGUUUUCGUGCGAGAAAGAAGGAAACGGAUCAAUCUGCUCUUGUAAAGGAUCCUAAUUCAAUGGACUCUGCUUCCUCCAUGGAGAUGAAUUUUGUUCCUGAAAAGGCACCAGGCAGUCCGCUACGAGUGCCAGCUAGUCCACUUCGAGUGCCGCCUAGUCCCUCUAGAUUUAGCAUGUCUCCGAAACUCAAUAGAAUUGGCUCCAUUCACCUCAACGUGAAUCAGGCUCUCAGAGCUACCCAAAAUUUCUCUCCGUCCCAAAAAAUUGGAGAGGGAGGGUUUGGAACGGUAUACAAAGCUCAACUACCGGAUGGUCAAGUAGUUGCCAUUAAACGUGCAAAGAAGGAGCAUUUUGAUUCUUUGAGCAAUGAAUUUAGAAGUGAAGUUGAGCUUUUGGCAAAAAUCGAGCACCGUAGCCUAGUUAGGCUUCUUGGUUAUGUUGAUAGGGGUAAUGAACGCCUCAUCAUUACGGAGUAUGUACCUAAUGGUACACUAAGAGAACAUCUAGAUGGUGGACGUGGGAAAAUCUUAGAUUUCAAUCAGCGACUUGAAAUUGCAAUUGAUAUUGCUCAUGGCCUAACUUACCUUCAUCUAUAUGCUGAGAAGCAAAUUAUCCAUAGAGAUGUGAAGUCAUCAAAUAUUCUCCUGACAGAGAGCAUGCGUGCCAAAGUUGCGGAUUUUGGAUUUGCACGGCUUGGAGACUCAGACUCUGAUAAAACACACGUUUCAACCAAAGUGAAAGGCACCGUUGGUUACCUUGACCCUGAGUACAUGAAAACGUAUCAACUCACGCCGAAAAGUGAUGUCUACUCAUUUGGGGUAUUGUUAUUAGAAGUUUUAACGGGUCGUCGUCCUGUGGAGCUUAAAAGACCUCCUGAUCAGAGGGUGACACUUAGAUGGGCUUUUAGGAAAUACAAUGAAGGAUGCAUGUUGGAAAUGUUGGACCCUCAAAUGAAGGAAUCCGUGAGCGGGGAGAUACUAGUAAAAAUGUUUGGUUUGGCUAUCCAGUGUGCAGCACCUACACGAAAAGAUCGCCCCGAUAUGAAGAUUGUUGGGGAGCAGCUUUGGGCAAUUAGAAUGGAUUAUUUGAGGAAUGGAAGAAGACAGUAAUAACUGCAAAUAUACUGUGACUAUACCCAGUUUAUUCCCUAGAAAGGAUAGAGAUUUGGAGAUACUUACUCAAUCUUCCACUUAUUGUUUGUAUAUGUGAGCAGUUAAGGUACUUUUCUUGAUAUUGAUUCACUGAUUUCAGGUGUAUUCAAAGUAUACUGUAUUUUGUACUUGUCAAUCCCAUUAGUCGUCUCGUCAAUCUUCAUCGAAGAGUGACAGAGUGAGUAACAGGAAAAGAGUUCCUUACUGACAGUA